CUUCCUCUUUUUUUUUUACCUCUUCCUUUCCCUCUAUCAUGAAAUGCUCCAUUGUAUCGGCAGUUCUACUUGUAGCAACUGCUCUACCUUUCUCAUCAGCUUUACCAACUUCUAACCAUGAUCUCAGCAAGAAUGGUCGAGUUCACUUGGAUAACUUUGGUCCUGCACUUUAUCACAAAACUUAUGAAUCCGGUUCAUUUACACUUGCUCCUUCCACAUUCACAAAUGCCCUCAAUGCGAAUCCUGUAGAUAUUGCUUUGGAAUUUGCCAAGGCCGAACUUGGAGCCUCUGCCUAUGUUGUUAAAAACUCCUAUACCAGUGACCAUAAUGGUGUUACACAUGUUUAUUUACGUCAAACCCAUAAUGACUUGGAGGUUGUUAACGGUGAUAUAAAUAUCAAUGUCGACCGGUUCGGACGUAUCAUCUCCUAUGGAGAUUCAUUCUACAAGGGCAAGACUCACACUGUCAAGGCUGCAAAGGCUGCGGAGAGUAAGCUUCAGGAAAUGACAUAUCAAAACUCAAUUUUGGGCCGUCUUCAACGUGGUGCUAAUACCGUCAGCCAAAAGGUAUUCGGUGUUCAACAACCCAAGCCUUUGGUGACCGCAGCAGCUCCAUUGGAUGAUUUCCAUGUUGUGGACUCCGAUCUCACGGUCUUGUCACCUGUCCAGGCUUUGCAAGCCUUGGCUUAUUAUAUCCAACCUGUUCUCAAGGAUUCCAGCGUCAUAUCACUUUUGACUGCUGGCGACUUACCCAUCAGCACCACUUCAAGCCUCCACGGUGAUGAACCAGAACUUCAUAUCCAUAAUGUACCAUUUGCUCUUGCUCCCGUUCCUGCUCGUCAGGCUUACGUCCAGUUGGAUGAUGGCUCUCUUCAACUGGUCUGGGACUUGCAAGUUGAAAUGGAAGACAAUUGGUUCCAUGGUCAAGUAAAUGCUCACGACGGAAGCGUUGUUGCUCUCAUGGAUUGGGUCUCCGAUGCUACUCACUACAGAGUCUUCCCCUUCGGUAUCAACGAUCCUUCCGAAGGUGGCCAGGAACUGUUGACUGACCCUCAUGAUCCCGUCUCUUCUCCUGAUGGAUGGCACGUCCAAACCAGCGUCAAGGGACGCUCUCUUACUUUCAAUGAAACCGUUGGCAACAAUGUGUAUGCCCAUGAGAACUUUGAAGGCGGCAGCUCGUGGAAGAACAACCAACGCCCUAAGGGUGUUGUUCUAGACGACGGAAGCUUGAGCUUUGACUAUAAAGCUCGCGUAGAUGUUGAUGAACCCAAGACCUACAUUCACGCCGCUGUUACUAACUUAUUCUACCUGAACAAUAUGAUUCACGACUUGUUCUUCCGAUAUGGAUUCAAUGAAGUUGCUGGCAAUUUCCAAGAGGAAAACGCUGAAGGUGGUAUUGGCGGUGAUGCUGUCAUUGCCAACGCCCAAGAUGGCUCUGGAUAUAACAAUGCCAACUUUGCCACUCCUCCUGAUGGUCAACACGGAAAGAUGCGUAUGUACGUCUGGAAUGUCGUUACCCCUAUGCGCGACGGUGACUUGGAAGCUGGUAUUGUCAUCCACGAAUACGCCCAUGGAAUCUCUACUCGCUUGACUGGUGGACCUGCCAACAGUGGCUGUCUCGGCUGGGGAGAAGCUGGAGGCAUGGGUGAGGGAUGGGGUGAUUUCUUCGCCACUAUGGUCAGAUUGAACUCUACUCAUAAUCGCGAUUCCAUCUUUGGUAUGGGAGACUGGGCCAACGGUGGUGAUGGUAUUCGACGAUACAAAUACUCCACAAGCAUGGAUGUCAAUCCCUCCACCUACAAGAUCAUGGACAAGCCCGGUUACUGGGGUGUCCACGCCAAGGGUGAAGUUUGGGCUGAAAUGCUGUAUGAAGUUGCCUGGGAUUUGAUCGACAAGCACGGUUUCACCCCCAAGUUGUUCCCUCCUUCCUCUGCAUCCGUCAAUAAGGACAAGAAGAAGAAGAAGCCUACUGACCCUGUUGAUGAAGCUAAACUUCACAUUCUUUCUCAUGGUAACACUCUUGUUUUCCAACUCGUUGUUGAUGGCCUCAAGCUUCAGCCAUGCCGCCCUUCGUUCAUGGAUUCUCGUGAUGCCAUCAUUGAAGCCGACAAGCAAUUGACCGGUGGUGAUAACUUCUGUGUCAUCUGGAAGGCGUUCGCUCGUCGUGGUCUUGGCGUUGACGCUCGCUACGACGGUAACGACUGGAUGGGUGUCCGUACCGAGAGUUUUGAUGCUCCUUCUCAGUGCGCUUAAGUGCAUGUAGUUACUUGGUUUCUUUCUAUGGUCCAUUUUCCGACCACAACAUUUUGUUUCGUUUCUAUUUGCUUAUGUUGUUUGUACAUGAUUAUCGACUUUUUCCCCUUCUCUGCGCUAUUACGAAUGAUCAACACUAUACCAACUAGACCACAGGAAUCAACUACAUAUUUAAGAGCUAGUUUUAUUGUUUAGUCUAAUGGUUUUUUUGUACACAAACUCUUGAUAUUGAUGACACAUAAAGAACGAUUUAUCGAUC